UUAAUCGGAACAUUCAAAGGAUAUGUUUUCAUUUAAUUGAGAAAUUGUAGUGUUUUAUGUGUUUUUGACAACAGAGUGAAUAAUUCUCUGUAUUGAGUGUGCGGAAAUACGAACUACCGAGUGCUUGUAGUAUGUUCAAGAAUACUGGUCGCUGAUUAAAGGCUACACAAAAUGAUGCAAAAGAAUUUCAACCGUUUAACAGCCCUCGUAGUGUUCAGCUGCAUUCUUGCUCCAUCAUUCCUCCCCCUGGCCAAGGCUGAAGUACAGCAGCAAGCAUUCCGCAUCACACCGAACGACGUGGAGGCCCAUCAAGGGGACGAAGUGGUGCUGCGAUGCGAAAUCGAGCGGCUUGCCGGGCGGGUCCAGUGGACCAAGGAUGGAUUCGCACUCGGGUUCAGCAACGAUAUUCUCGGCUAUCCACGCUUUUCGUUGAACCAAAACCACAGCAACGGAGUGUUCAACCUGCGGAUCACCAACGCAUCGGCGGAGGACGCCGCCAGCUACCAGUGCCAGGUGGGACCCGCCAAGCACAACCGACCGAUUCGUGCCGGAGCCAUGCUGACCGUGCUGGGAUCAACGAAGAAUCAUCGCAGCCCGCACCAUUGGAAUUGAAUAAUUAAAUUCCUCUCGAAUCUGAAAAUUGGAGAAAAUUUUCUCGAUCGCCAGGACUGAUAUCAACCGGAAUAAUUAUCAUCGUUGAAAUCGUUGCCAAAUUAAAUGCAUUUAUCAUUAUUGAAACAAACAUAUCAGUAAUUUAUUCACCUUUGAAACAUUUUAAAAUUCAAGAACCCAACAACAUUGAUAUUAAACCUAGUUAUUAAGGGAUUCACAUUAGAGCGUUUAUCGUUAGAAUGUAGUCUACGACUUGAAUGGUGCAGCCAAAUAUUACACAUAAGAAACAACAUUGUCAAAUAAAACAUAAAUUAUUAUCAAUAAGACAAGCUGUAAUACGCAUUUUAAAUCGUUUCUAAAAUUUAUUGAAGUAAUCUUUCCAUCAUACCAAUAAUAAAUCAUUGAAAGCUUCGUCAUUGCUGUUUCAUUUGUAGGCUUGGGCGCUUUACCGAAUAAGGCACGUUCCGUCCCAGUUCGAACAUUAAUAAGGAUAAUUCAAUUUAUUAUUUAUGAUUGUUGAUAAUUCCUUGUUGGUGCCUUCCCACUGGGACAAAGCUGGCUAGCGACGAAUUCUGCCGGAAGGCACCGAGAGAGCCCGCAAGUCGCAAAUUUUGGAAUGCAAGUUGGACUGUGUGCAUCCUAUUAGCUGGCCUAGUCACGUUUCUUGUCUCGUACCGUCCGUUCCGAACCCCAACCAACAGCCGAGAAGUUGUCCUCGCCACACCGCCAUCCGGGGCUGUGGGCUUAGAUGUGGGACCGAAGGAAUUUGCUUGUUCUGUCGUCGUCUUCCCGGGAAAGGAAGAAGCGCGUGACUUACGUGAUAUCAAAUUUAUGCUGCUCGGUAGAUUGAGACAGUCACUGUACAACGCCGUGAAGGGAAAGUGUCGAAAUGGUGCGUUGUAGACUGGUUAAAUAUAAUUAAUAUAAUAACACGUUAUUCGUAUUACAAUUGUAGUUAUAAUAUUAUUCAAGAGUUAUCAAAGUUU